GCAAUAAGUCACAGUGCCCUGGGUGUCCAAAUCCAGAAUGGCCGGCCCACGUGGGAGGAGGUGAGGAGGGUUUGGUGAAGACAGAGCGGGAGCAUCCACACAGAGCCCAGGUCCCUAUUCUCUGAGCUCACCCUUGAGUGCAUACCAGGGUCCUCCUGCCUGCCUCCUGAUUCUUAAUCUCCUAUCACGAGCUCUUCCUAACACCUCCAGUCCCAGCUCUGCUUGCCCAUGCCCAAAGCCUUUAUCGAGCCCAUCCUAUCCCUCCCAGCUGUCUGGACACUGGAGAGCGGUUAAGUAGGUCAGUGAGCCAUGUGUGUCCCCUGGGACUUCAGCCAGGCCCAGCUCCUGGACAGUAUCCUAGGGCUGGGGGCACUAGGAGUGACAAUUGGAACAGUCUACUCGACAGCUGGCCUAGCCCUGCUGCUCCUGCUGCUGGUCAGCUUCCUUGCUUUUGACCUGCUCCAUGGGCCCACAGGUCCCAUCCUGACACAACACAGACUUCUCCCAAUGGGUCAGAGCCAGGGGGCUGGUGAAGGUCCCGGUCAGCAGGCAGCUCCCCUCCUCCCAACAGGGAUAGUCUCGGGACUACUCAGCCUCCAGGAUGCCCUGUUCCUGCUGUUCUUGGGCCUGGGCCUCUUCUUGGGAGGCUCUGGUAUACCCUUAACCCUGCUGGGCCUCGCUUUCUGCCUCCAUCCUUGGGCCUGAGGGCCCUCUGAAAACUGAAUGCCUUCUAAAAAUACACCAGCCAUUCUGCUU